AUGAGCGGUGACCUGAGGACCACGGCCGCGAGUGUCGUCUCUUGGUUCUUGCUCAACAUCGCCAUCGGCAACCUCAACGGCUGGAUCCUCAAGCACCACGGCUUCUCUUACCCGGUGGUGCUGACUGCGGUGCACAUGCUCUGCUGCUGGCUCCUCUCCGCCGUCUGCCUGGUCACCAUCCUGCCUCCCGCAGACCCGCGGCCAACGCCAGUCGGCACCGUGGCCAAGGUCCGCACGCUCGCCCUCGCCUUCUGCGCUUCGGUCGCGCUCGGCAACAUCGCGCUGCGGUACAUCUACGUGUCGUUCGCGCAGAUGGUGUCUGCGGCGUCGCCGUUCUUCACGAUGCUGCUGAUGGGCGCGAUGGUCGGCAAGCGAUACUCCCUCGCGCAGUAUUCGGCGAUCGUGCCGAUGUGCGGCGGCGUGAUGAUGUGCACAGUCGGCGAGCUCAACUUUCAUAUGCUCGGCUUCACCGCGGUCGUCGCCUCCACCCUGCUCCGAGGGGUCAAGUCGAUCCUGCAGGGGCGGCUGCUGACUGCGCCCGAGGAGCGCCUCGACGCGAUGCUGCUCCUGUACCACAUGUCGCGCGAGUCGCUGCUGCCGCUCGGCCUGUACUCGUCGCUGGUAGAGUACCAGGCCUACUACGACCCGCAGCUGUCGGGGCCGGGCGCCCCCCGCCUGUGGGGCCUGGUCCUGCUCUCCGGCCUCGUCUCCUUCUUCCUCAACCUCGCCAACUUCCUCGUGACCAAGCACACCUCCGCGGUGAUGCUGCAGGUCCUGGGCAACCGGUGGACACAGGUCGUCCUCUCGAUCCUCGUCUCCCUCCUCAUCUUCGGCAACCGCGUCUCCGCGUCGAGCGCCGUCGGCUGCGCCGUAACGCUGGCCGGCGUCGCCGCUUACAACUUUUGCAAAUAG